AUGGUAGUGGUAGUUAUGAUGGGCCCCACGGGCUGCGGAAAGUCAACCAUUGCGUCUAUUUUACAACGCCGAACAAAUUGGCGGUUCGUCGAAGGCGACGACUACCAUUCGGCAGAAAACAUCUCUAAAAUGUCCUCCGGAAUACCACUGACAGACGAGGACAGGCAACCGUGGUUGGAGGCUCUACAUGCGGAGGUUGAACGCAGCCAAGCGGCGCACAGUAAUUUGAUUCUUGCCUGCUCCUCUUUGAAGCGCCAAUACCGUGCCACGCUAGUUGGAGGCGACUACCCAUCAGAAGAUGUUCUCUUCGUCUACCUAGACACACCAAAAGAUGUUCUCGAAGCCCGGGUAAGAGAACGCAAAAAUCAUCCUGUACACGAGGACAUCGUUCAAAGCCAACUGGACAUUCUUGAGCCUCCGGGGGCGGAUGAGCACUGUGUCAACAUUGACACGACACUCGACCGUAAAGACGUUGUAUCGCGUAUUUUGAAGGAACUUGACCGCGCGUAA